AUGAGCCCUUCCACUCCAGAACUUUCCUUACGGGAUCCGGAGGCCUUCUCACCGGAGAGCUUCGAUCAAUCGCCCGGCACCACCUCACCCAUUCACCAUGUCAAGCACAUUGUUGACGGCGCCCAUAUUCAGCGAUUCAAGUUCACGGACAAAGACCUGCGGCGCUACUUUCACAGCCAGGAUCCGUAUCCCACGAGAAACCCUGCCAAGGUCUCCCCCGAGAAGCACGAACCAGAUCUUGUACAAAAAGAUGUUCUCACGCUGCUGUGCCACAGUUCGGAGCUGGCUGUCGAGAUUGGCAAGUACUUGAGCCCGGGUGACAUUGUGUCACUGUACAGGGCGAGCAGAGCCUUCCACGAGGCCGUCAACCAAUACAUGUCUGCCAGCGUCCGUGCUUGGAUCGCCCACAAAGCACCCGAGGCGGGGAGGAUAUUCGACUUUCGUUUGUACAAGCGCCAUCUCAUUGCCGAUCCGGCGGGCCGAACUUGGGGCUACCAGUACGAAACAACUACAGACAAACGCGACGCCAAGAAUCACGAGGCGUCCAGCGACCCCGGCCACACUGUCGAUGCUGAAAAGGCAGGGCAAGUUCGCGCCAUUCCCGGUCUCAGAUAUCUCCAGCUUGUCGUCGGCCGCGACCGGUACUGUCGGGAGAUCCGCGCAAUCCUGGCACGAAACGGGCACCGCACGCCGGCUUCGAUGCACUCGACACUCCUCAAGCUCUGGCUGUGUCUCGACAUCCCCACGAGCGUGCAGCGCGCCGCCCUUCUGCGCAACAGGGAAAGCUGGGCCGACACGGACCUCUACAACGCGCAGCUGCUCUUUGUCAAGCUCGGCAUGCACUUCAACGACCCGAUAUACGGGCCCAACACCUACGAGCUCCUCCACCUGAUGAUGGGGCAGAAGGGUCUCUACCCUCUCUGGCAGCUGCUCAUGCGGAAGCGCUUCACUCGCCUCGGCGAGAUCCUCGCCCUCAAGGUGCGCUACGACUUUCAGGCGGCGCCCUCGCCGGCCGACCCGCACGUCCGCGGCGCCUACCACUGGAGCAGCGAGUAUUUUGGGAGCAGCAUCCACGGCGUGCCGUACGGCGAGGUGGGCAAGGUGCACCUCGAGGGCUGGGGCCAGGGCCAGCGGCACCUCCAGCGGCCGGACGAGCUGGUGCCCGUCGAGGCCGUGGCGCGGGGUCUGGAGCUCGACGCGCACCUCGUGGCCAUGAUGAUGUGGGGGUACGUGGACUGGAGCACGGGGGAGAACCUGGUGCCGUCCGAGGCGGAAAUGCACAUCUCGGACGACGAGGCGGCGCUGGCGCACGCGGACACGAACCACCACUGGCGGUCGCGGCACGUCCUCAAGAAGCGCUUCGACGAGCUCGCGCCGGUCGAGAGGCAGCGGAUCCUCGACGAGGACGAGGACGAGCGGCUGCGCGCCAUGGCGUGGUGCGGCGAGACGGACGACUACUCCUCCGCGAGCGAGGACGGCGACGGCGAGACGGGCAGCCGUGCCACGUCCUCGCUGGAGGAUGAGAUGAGCCGGGGAUACAUGGUGCCUCCGCGGCAAACCGGCGACGAUGCGGUGGUUGUGCCGGAUGUGGACGACCGAGAGGGCUGGGUGGGCUUUGUGAAUGAUGUCCUGACGAGCGGGCUGCCGCCAGACGUCGGCGGCGAAGCGGCGCUGAGAGCAGAGGCGUGGCAGUCGUAUCAGAACGUGGAGCUGGAUUCGGAGUGGGAUUGGGGGCUCUGGCUGCAGCAGCAGCAGCAGCGGCGGCGGCAGGAAGACGUGGGCUGGAAUAGUGACGAGGCUGGGGAUGAGCUGCCAGACUCGGAAGCGGAGACGAUCGUGACGGACAGUCUCGUGUGGGAUGGUGAUGAGGAGCUGAGUGACUACGAAGCGUCAGGUGGUGAGAUGUGA